GCUACUCUUGAGCCAAAACCGGAGGAGCUGGAUCAGGAACCGGCUGGAGUGUGGUCGGGGUCCGCGGCAUGACACAAUAAAAGCAGUGACCACGGUUCAGAAAGAACCACAUUCCCCCCCACCCCGAGGCGACAGUUGGCGACCACGCCCCGUAACCGCCGGAGCUGAGCGCGUGUACAAAACUGCAGGCGGAGGCGCAGCGGCGAGCGGUUCGAGACCCAGCGGGGCGGCGAGCGGAGCCAUGCGAGAGUACAAAGUGGUGGUUCUCGGGUCCGGAGGGGUGGGCAAGUCCGCCCUGACCGUCCAGUUCGUCACCGGAUCCUUCAUAGAGAAGUACGACCCCACGAUAGAGGACUUCUACAGGAAGGAGAUCGAGGUGGACUCGUCUCCGUCGGUGCUGGAGAUCCUGGACACGGCGGGCACCGAGCAGUUCGCCUCCAUGCGCGACCUGUACAUCAAAAACGGACAAGGCUUCAUCCUGGUCUACAGCCUGGUCAACCAGCAGAGCUUCCAGGACAUCAAGCCCAUGAGGGACCAGAUCAUCCGGGUGAAGCGGUGCGAGCGCGUGCCGAUGAUCCUGGUGGGCAACAAAGUGGACCUGGAGGGCGAGCGCGAGGUCUCGUCCGGGGAGGGCAAGGCUCUGGCGGACGACUGGAGCUGCCCGUUCAUGGAAACUUCAGCCAAAAACAAGAGCUCGGUGGACGAGCUGUUCGCGGAGAUUGUCCGGCAGAUGAACUAUUCCUCCACACCAAAUGGCGACGACCAGUGCUGCUCGUCUUGCGUGAUUCUAUAAGGGACAAUACAAGUCAAAAGUCUUUGCUCGGUUUGAAGUUUUGCAGUGUGUGUUGCAGCAACUGUGUACUGUUGAGCUCUUCGUGUCUCCCCCUGGCCUUGGAGGAAAACGAAGGGAGAGGAAUGCUGCAGGGGGACAAGCGUAGGAGGAGGAGGAGGGGAGCGAGUGAGACGGAGGGAGGGGUCCACUCUUCAGGAAUUCUGCUGGGUUGGAGUUUGCUGCAUGAUCAGUGUCUGCCAUUGAUGUCAACACAGUGUCAGAGUUCCAUCAACAUCCAUCAACAGCUGGAGCCGAACGAUUACAGAGCUGGAGAGAGAGCGAGAGAGAAACUCACAAAAGGAUAUUUCUGUAUACAAAGAGAAUCAAAGUCUAUUUUGUUAAGUAACUGCACAGUCUGGGACGAGUGAAGAUGUUCUUCGGCCCCCGACCCGUAUCGGAGCAAAGCUUGAAAACACUCAGAUUUUUCUCCUCCGAAGUCGAAGAAAUCGACGCCGUCAUCUGCUGUCGGAGUAACGUGAAGAGUGCCACUGUUUGUUUCGUCUCCUCUCCAGUGUGCGAGAGGACCGUAACUGAAGUGACAUGGGGACGGUGACCCCAUGUCAAGUGCCUUUCCAAAAUACAUCAGCUGUUCAGCGCUAGUGCCAACCUUCAUCUAUUACCAAAAGAACCUUCAUCAUGGCAUUCCGCAACACAUUCAGACAUGAAGGCUGAAAAAGAAAAUAGUAUUUUCUGUCAAUGUUUUUUUUGUAUUUUUAAUUCUGAUUUGUUCACUUUGUUUGGUGGCCAAACCGUUUUAUCUUGAAAUGCACAGGUACUGGAGCCCCAUUGACUUAACCGCAGCGCCAAACAGACACUUCCGGACCUCUUAAAUCAAAGGAAUUCUGUUUGUUCUGUUCAUGUUUUGUUGUUUUUGUUUUUUUAGUAGGAAAUAUGAUGAUGUACCGUUGACAAAUCGAACCUGAUUGUUCCAUUUCAGGGCAGCCUGUUGCUCUCUGUGGGCUGUCUGUUUUUGAAAACAAGAAUUUUAAUACAAAUUGCAUUUUUAAAAAACAACACUAGGCUGCCUCUCUGCUUUAUACUUUCUUAUUUUUAAAAAACAAAAUUCUUAAAUAUCUUCUCUGUCGUAUAUUGUAACACACUGCCACCUUGAUAUAGUAUUGAUGCUGCUGCCACAACCUGCAAAAUCCAAUUGAAAAACUGAUACCCUCUUCACAUAGUCGCUGCCAUCUUUGCUAACAUUGUAGCGCAAACUGGGGUUUUUCAAGUUCCAAAGAACUAUUGGCGUAGGUACCGAAAGUGUGCGCUUGUGGGCGAUAAUGUCACGUCCGACAGUCGCGGUCGGAUUUGAAAUGAAUUGACAAAACUUCAAAUGAAUGAAAUUUUCUACCUCAACCACAGCAUUUAUAUUAGCAAAAGGCUAUAUAUGUUUCCCAAACAUAGGUUCCACUUCCUGGUAGACCAGGAAGUAGCCCAGACCCAUUCAGUAAAGUUGGAAAGCUUGUUCAAUGACUCACGUUUUUGCUGGUUGUCGACUAAGAAGUUGCUUCAUGUAAAUAAAAGCAAUACAUGUCGGCCAAUCACGAUGCUAAACUAUCGCUCAUAUGAAUGUUUUUUGUGCCAUCCAAUCCCUCUCCUGCCGUUCCUCUGUGCUCAUUUGAAUUUGACCGUUAUUGAUAGCCAUGUCAUUUCAAAUGCUAAAAAAACACUAUGUAACUGUAAAGCUGAAAUAGAUGGUGGAAAAUAUUGAGUGAAAAAUUGCAGCUGUUGGCAGCAGCGUUUUCUCUCUGCGUCUUUUAAGUUGCCUCUCCUUUUUGUUGACAAAUAAUCCAAACUAUUCCAUCCUCCCUCCCGUAACGUGGUUCAAAAAACAUCAUCCACCACUUCAGCCGUUAGCAACGGCGUAUUCAGACUUCUGCUUUUGUGGUUAAUGUGGAAAAAAAGAAGGAGAUCGUGAGCGUGUGAUAGUGACUGUUGCGUCAAAUAGGUGUUCACACAGCGGCUCAGCUGCUUUUCCACUUCGCUUUGACCUCAAGUUUCUCUGUGUUGUUGCAGGUAGCUGUAGAGAUCAGGGAGACUGAAAGGCAGGGUGGGAUCAUAAAAGUGAAACUCAAGUGUUGCCCAAACAAGGCAUGCUUGUUUGACUUCACCGCCUCACUUGUGGAGAUCAAGAAGAAGGGCACUUUAUGAGCAAGAGGAUGGGCACAGCAAAUGUAUUCAUCGACGACUAGCUCAACUGGGAUCCGUGCUUCAUGAGACCUGGCCGGGCUGUCGCUAUAGGAAUGUCGAUCUGCCUACUGUGUGGGUAGUUGUUUCACAGCCUGAAGCCUGUGUGCCGCGUGUGGGUGUGAUGGUAUGAUGUGAGGUGGCUCUGACUGAGCAGCCUCUGCUUGUGUUUACCUAUGGAGAUUACCUUGCUGCUGCUGUAGCUGCAGCAUGGCCUGAGGGAGGUAUUCAGAGUAGGUAUGCUAGUCUGGCCUGGUCUUCCAGCUGGUUUCUGCUUGUCCUGCUGCUAACUAACUCCCCUCUGCUGAGGCGUGCUCAGAUGAACCUCUUACUCUCGCACUGAGGGCAAACUUUAGGUGUAAAAGCUGUGGAUUCAACGUGAAAUCUGGAGUUAAACCAAACACCGUCCAUCUCUUGCUGUGGUAUAAACAUCUGAUAGCAGAAGAAUUUGCCCUGUGGAGGGACAGAACAGUGGCAGAGUUCCUGUUUCUUUUUUAUCUCUGCUAAGGUGAAAGUUUCGCUUCCUCUCAACAGCUGUACUUCCUCUGCAAUGUGUCCCUUUUGGAGGAGUUUAAUUGGUCUAUUUUUAGCCGCUGGGUUACGGUUGUGUUCAGGUUUGCAGAUGGCCUGGCUCAUCACUGCUUGCUGGUCAUGGGAGAUGGUCAUGUGAUGUGGUUUCCAUGGUUAAAAGGGGGGGUUCGUGACCUAUAGGCAGCUCAGUCACAGCUCGACUGCUGACUGUAAGAGAGGAGGGCGUGUUUGAUCAUCUGCCUCUGUAGAGCGGUUUGAUCGGCAUCGAAUUAAUCCAUCAAUUCACUUUGACUUUAUAAUCAUCAGCCCGAGUGAGUAUCUUUGUGAGCAGAUUUGUGCUGGUGAUAGUGGUGACAGGAAGUGUUGUGAUGCUGGCAGUGGAUGUGGGCGGCGUGCGCCUGCGUUUCUCUUCUUUCUUCUCAUCAUUAGAUGGACUUCUUCUGCCGAAUUAGCGCCGUCCUGCUAUUUUGGAGUCACUUUUCUGUUCAAAACGGUGCAUUUGUUUUUUCCCACUGUCGCUCAUCUGAUCCCCCCUUUCAUAAAAACCUCAAGUUAACUGACAAGAAUCAGAGCAAGAUAGUUGAUACGUGUCUUUUGCGAGAGGCAUCACCAUAACAACGCCGCUGCUUGGCCGUUUGCUUUCCCCUUCAGGGCUGAAUGAGCUUUGUUUUUUUUUUUCCCCUUCUGUGUCACUCGUACGCUGACACACAAAUGCUUUGCCGUUUACUUGUGUUGGACCCAUUUAAGCACACAGCAGUUAAAAUUCCAGCAACAUUCCGACACAGUUUAGAGGUUGGUUUUUGAGAACGGCUGGCCUGGAGUUGCUGCAAGCCACUGGUUAGAACAGUCCAGUAAUUUAACAGGGGGAAACAUGCCUGCUUUUCUAAGAAUCCUUUCAUCGCAGAUGCUGAAUAAAUCUUCAAAUGAAGAGAGUAUAAUGAGCUUUCAUGCCAAUUUGUGUAUAUAUAUAUAUAUAUAUAUAUAUAUAUAUAUAUAUAUAUAUAUAUAUAUAUAUA